UCUCUCUCGUAGCUUCGGCAUCACGAUAAGAGAUAUUCCCUUGUGCCCUCGUCUCGUGUUGUCAAAUAGGCCCCCAAUUUUCCUUAAUUUCCGGCAUUUAGAAGGAAAAAAAUAAAUUAUCAAAACCAUCGAUCACUUCAAAAAUAAUUAGAAAAACAGUAAAUAUACUUGCAGGAACAGCUAAGGUGAGGGAAGAGAAAGUAGGGAGAGAGAGCGAUGGAAAACGAGAGGGAAAGAAAAAGCCAGUACACAGAAACUACAGAGUACAGACAGAUGUUGUAUAGAUAUUUACAGAAAUAGAAGAACAAGAAGAAGAAAAUAAGAACAACUCAACCCUGCUCUCUUCACUCUUUUACUAGGCUCUUUCUACUCAAACGCUUAAGGCAACCACAACUAACUCUUCUAUUUCCCGGAUUUUUUCCCUUCUUUGUGAUUUUGUAGUGAUCUCAGAAUCGGAUGGUAUAUCCGAUCGUCGGUGGCAAUCGGCGAUGCUCGUCGGUGGCGGUGCUGGUGGAGGAGGGUGGCGGAGCAGCUGGGGAGUUCUUUAGUGAGUCGGUGGUAGUUGAGAGGAGUUCAGGAGGUGGAGGAUGAAGAAAGGAAAGAGUAAAAACAAUGGCUUGUUGCCGAAUUCCUUGAGGAUCAUCUCUUCUUGCCUCAAAACUGUUUCUACUAAUGCUAGCACCGUUGCUUCCACGGUUAGGUCUGCUGGCGCGUCGGUUGCUGCUUCGAUUUCAACUUCUAGUGAGGAUGACAAAGAUCAGGUAACCUGGGCUGGCUUUGACAGGUUGGAGCUAGGUCCAUCCGUCUUCAAGCAUGUUCUCUUACUUGGUUAUCAGAAUGGUUUUCAAGUCUUUGAUGUGGAGGAUGCUUCUAAUUUUGCUGAACUGGUUUCGAAGCGUGAUGGUCCAGUUUCAUUUUUACAGAUGCAGCCUAUCCCUACAAAGUCUGAUAGCCGUGAAGGAUUCAGAUUAUCGCAUCCUUUACUACUGGUAGUUGCAGGAGAUGAUUCUAACAAUUUGAAUGUGGGUCAAAAUCAUGGUCAUCUAGGUGGGCUAGGGAGAGAGAAUAAUACUGAGUCUCAAUCCGGAAACUAUAUUAAUUCUCCAACAUCUGUUAGGUUUUACUCCCUUCGUUCUCACUGUUAUGUGCAUGUUCUGAGAUUUCGCUCAGCCGUGCGUAUGGUUCGAUGCAGUCCUCGCAUUGUUGCUGUGGGCCUUGCAACUCAAAUAUAUUGCUUUGAUGCUCUCACUCUUGAGAGUAAAUUCAGUGUUCUUACCUAUCCUGUUCCCCAGUUAGCUGGACAAGGAACAGUAGGAGUCAAUCUAGGUUAUGGUCCGAUGGCUGUGGGUCCAAGGUGGUUAGCUUAUGCUUCGAACAAUCCACUAGUGUCAAACAACACUCGCUUAAGUCCACAAAAUCUUACUCCAUCUGGUGUCAGUCCAUCAACAUCACCGGGUGGUAGUAGUCUGGUUGCUCGUUAUGCAAUGGAAUCUAGCAAACAGCUGGCUACUGGAAUAAUCAACCUUGGUGACAUGGGAUACAGAACAUUGUCCAAAUACUAUCAAGAGCUGCUUCCUGAUGGGUCUAAUUCUCCAGUUUCAUCAAAUUCUGGUUGGAAAGUUGGUAGGCUUGCAGGAUCAGAUAUGGAUAAUGCAGGGAUGGUUGUAGUCAAGGAUUUUGUAUCCCGAGCUGUUAUAUCACAAUUUAAAGCUCACACCAGUCCGAUAUCUGCACUAUGUUUUGACCCUAGUAUGACUUUGCUUGUUACUGCUUCGAUUUAUGGGAAUAACAUAAAUAUCUUCCGUAUUAUGCCAUCCUGUUCUCGGAAUGGAUCAGGUGUUCAAAUCUACGACUGGAACUCUUCUCAUGUGCAUCUUUACAAGCUACAUCGUGGAAUAACAUCAGCUAUGAUUCAGGACAUAUGCUUUAGUCACUAUAGUCAGUGGAUUGCAAUUGUUUCAUCCAAGGGGACUUGCCAUGUCUUCACUUUAUCUCCUUUUGGUGGUGAGUCUGGGUUUCAAUCUCUUAAUUCUAUGGGUGAGGAGCCCUCCCUGUAUCCAAUUUUGUCUCUACCUUGGUGGUCCACUUCAUCUUGCAUGAUCAAUCAGCAUUCUUCUCCACCCCCAUCACCUGUCUCACUUUCUGUGGUGAGCAGAAUAAAAUAUAGUAGUUUUGGGUGGCUUAAUACAGUUGGCAAUGCCACUGGCUCGGCCGCAGGAAAGGUUUUUGUGCCAUCUGGUGCAGUUGCUGCCAUUUUCCAUAAUUCCAUAUCUCAAAGCACUCAGCGCACUAACUCAAGGGCCAAUUCCUUGGAGCAUUUGUUAGUUUACACUCCGUCAGGUCAUGUCGUUCAGCAUGAGCUUCUUCCAUCUAUUAGACCAGAACCGGGUGAAAGUGGUUCAAGAACCCGGCUAGCUUCAUUUGUGCAUAUACAAGAUGAUGACUUAAAGGUCAAAGUUGAACCAGUUCAAUGGUGGGAUGUAUGUAGAAGAUCAGAUUGGUCAGAAAGAGAGGAAUGCAUUUUUGGGAAUACCAGUGGACAGGACGUUGCUGAAAUAAUUCAAAAAACCCUAGUUUCUAAGGAUAAUUUUAACAUGAAAUUUCUGGACAUCAAUGAUGAUGUCAGUGAAAAGAAAGAAGCAAAAACUUGUUCUGUAAAACCUCAUGAGAGAUCCCACUGGUAUCUUUCUAAUGCAGAGGUGCACAUGAACUCUCUGAGGUUACCGAUAUGGCAAAAAUCUAAGAUUUGCUUCUAUGUGAUGGAUUCUCCAAGAGUUUAUAGUUAUGGUGAUGGAGAGUUUGAAAUUGAAAAGAUUCCCAUCCAUGAAGUUGAAUUAAAGCAAAAGGAAUUAUUGCCAGUUUUUGAUCAUUUUCAUAGCAUCAAAUCAGGAUGGAAUGACAGAGGCCUCACUGUGGCAAGAUACAAACAUUCACCAUCAUCAGAGCCCCAUCAAGUUGAAGGCAAGAUCAUGCAGGAGACUGUUAUUUGUCACUCAAAGCCAGCAUCGCUUAGCUCAACUGAAAGUUCAGAAUGUGGUUCAUCAAGAAGAAUUGAGCAUCUGCUAGAUUUGGAUCCAAUAAAUUGUGAGAAAUCUUACAUUCCCACUUGUCAGAAUCUGAAUGACUGCAACCAGGAAAGAAAAGGUGGUAUUAUUAUCAAGUCUGGCACACAGAAUAAGAAUUCCUUAGCCAUUGUAUCUCUUCCACCUGAACUCCCAAAAAAUGUAGAUGCUCACGUUAUCAAUUGUGUUGAAAAUGGUUUGUCUUUGUCAGAAAAUUACUUGCCUCCUGCAGGAAGAAUAUCUGUUGGAGAAGCUCCAAUUUUGAACAUGAAUGGGAAUGGUGAUCUUUCAGUAUUAAAUUCUGAUGGUUAUGAUUCACAUAUGAAUAUCCUUGUGGGAGGGUCCACUAUCCCAACAGGGAAGCCAUUAGAUUUUGAGCUGUCUUUUCAGGAGGGGCAAUAUAAGGCAUUGGACCUUGAUGAAUGCCACAGGUCAACUGAGGUCAUAACUGAUGAUGUCGACAGCAGCGGCAGCCACUGUGAAAAGGAAAAGCCUGAAGAGGAUGGGGAGAGUGAUGAAUUUCUUGGUGGCAUGUUUGCAUUUUCUGAAGAAGGUUGAUCUCAACUCCUGUACUAAGUGAAAGUUCCAAGUGGUGACUUUUGCGUGUCGCUACAACUAAAGCUUGGUGUUAUUUCAUUGAAGACGUUACCUAUUGACGAUGAAAGUAAAGUGAUGGUGUGAAUAAGAGGGGUGGCAAUUCAAACUACGAUAUUUGCCGUUGUAUUUAAUCUUCUCUCUCACUCUGUGGUGUACAUUCUGUAGAUGAAAAUUAUUAAAUUCGUGGAGGGUGCUAACAGGUGAAGUAUAAACGUAGGACUAGAUGUGGAUUUGCUUUCCGUAUCUUCUGUUAAUCCUCUGUACAGAUGUGUGAACAAAGUUCUCUGCAAGCUGUACAACUGUAUAUAGUUUUUUAAUUUAUUAUCAUUAUUAUGCCAAAAAGAAAAGGAAUGCAAUGGAAAAGACGAAUUCAUGUGUUGGCCAUAAA